CCUGGUGGGGACACUGUUGAGGCUGGCUCGGGAGCGGGACGUGGGGGCCCAGCGGCUGGCUGAACUGCUGCUGGAGCGGCAGGCGGCCCCCUUGUUGCCUGAGGCUCCUGCCAGGACUCCCCCGGAGGGCGCCUCACACCACCUGGCCCUGCAGCUGGCCAACACCAAGGCCCAACUUCGGCGUGUCCGGCAGGAGCUGGAGGAGAAAGCCGAGCUGCUGCUAGAUUCCCAGGUGGAGGUGCAGGGCUUGGAGGCCGAAAUUCGAAGGCUCCGCCAGGAGGCCCAGGCGCUGUCGGGACAGGCCAAGCGGGCCGAGCUGUACCGCGAGGAGGCGGAGGCGCUGCGGGAGCGGGCCGGCCGCCUGCCCCGCCUGCAGGAGGAACUGCGACGCUGCCGGGAGCGGCUGCAGGCAGCAGAGGCCUGCAAGGGCCAGCUGGAGGAGGAGCGGGUGCUCUCGGGGGCUCUGGAAGCCUCGAAGGCGCUGCUGGAGGAGCAGCUGGAGGCCGCUCAGGAGCGCUGUGCUCGGCUGCAUGAGACCCAGCGGGAGAACCUGCUGCUGCGGACCCGGCUGGGCGAGGCCCAUGCGGAGCUGGACUCUCUGCGGCAUCAGGUGGACCAGCUGGCAGAGGAGAACGUGGAGCUGGAGUUGGAGGUUCAGCGGAGCCUGGAGCCAGCCCCGGGCUCUCCUGGGGAGGCGCCCCUGCCAGGAGCGGCUCUCUCUCUGCAUGACGAAGUGAGGGAGGCAGAGGCCGGGCGGCUGCGGACCCUGGAGCGGGAGAAUCAGGAGCUUCGAGGCCUGCUCCAGGUGCUGCAGGGGCGGCCCGGCGGCCAGGAGGCCCUCAAGGAGGAGAUGGCACGGCUGAGGAGAGAGGCUGAGGCUCUUCGAGCUGAGCUGGAGGCCCAGGCCUGGAGGCUGGAGGCCCGAGGCACGGAGGCUGCCCGCCUCUCCGAGGAGCUGGCUCAGGCUCGGAGGGCAGAGGCUGAGGCCCACCAGGAGGUGGAGGCCCAGGCCCGGGAGCUGGCCCGGCUGCGGGAGGCGGUGGAGGCCGCUGGCCGGGAGCUGGAGGCUGCGUCGCGGGAGCGGGAGGCGCUGGCGGAGGUGCUGGCAGCCACGGGCCGCGAGCGGAGGCAGUGGGAGCGAGAGGCGCCCAGGCUGCGGGCCCGGGCUGAGGCAGCCGAGGAGCGGUUGCAGGUGCUGCAGAGCGAGAGCUGCCGGCACCUGGAGGAGGCCGAGAGGGAGCGCCGGGAGAGGCAGGCCCUCCAGGAGGAGCUAGAGAAGGCCACGGUGCGGGGCCAGGAGCUGGGGGCCCGGCUGGAGCAUCUGCAGAGUGAGCUGGAACGGGCGGCUCUGGAGCACCAGGGAUUUCUGCGGGAACAGGAGUUCCAGCACCAAAGGUACCAGGGCCUGGAGCAGCGGCUGGAAGCUGAGCUGCAGGUGGCGGCCACCAGCAAGGAGGAGGCGCUGAUGGCACUCAAAAAGAGGGCCCUGCAGCUGGAGCAGGAGCUGUUCCAGCUGCGCCAGGGUGCUGCGGGACAGGGGCCUGAGGAGCAGGCUGAGCCGAGGGUCACGGAGGCCCAGAGCGCGCGGCUCAUUGAGGUGGAGCGCAGUAAUGCAACGCUGGCCGCCGAGAAGGCGGCUCUGCAGGGGCAGCUGCAGCACCUGGAGGGGCAGCUGGGAAGCCUGCAGGGGCGCGCCCAGGAGCUGCUGCUGCAGAGUCAGCGGGCACAGGAGCACAGCAGCUGCCUGCAGGCUGAGAAGUCUGUACUGGAGCUGCAGGGCCAGGAGCUGCACAGGAAGCUGGGGGUGCUGGAGGAGGAGGUGCAGGCGGCGCGGCGCUCCCAGGAGGAGACCCGUGGGCAGCAGCAGGCCCUGCUUCGGGAUCACGAGGCCCUGGCACAGCUGCAGCGGCGGCAGGAGGCUGAGCUAGAGGGACUGCUGGCCCGGCACCGUGACCUCAAGGCCAACAUGCGGGCACUGGAGUUGGCCCACCGGGAGCUGCAGGGCCGGCACGAGCAGCUGCAGGCCCAGAGGGCCCACGUGGAGGCGCAGGAGGUGGCCCUGCUGGCAGAGCGCGAACGCCUGAUGCAGGACGGGCAUCGGCAGCGGGGCCUGGAGGAGGAGCUCCGGAGGCUGCAGAGUGAGCAUGACAGAGCUCAGAUGCUGCUGGCGGAGGUGUCCCGGGAGCGAGGUGAGCUGCAGGGGGAACGCGGGGAGCUGCGGGGCCGGCUGGCGAGGCUGGAGCUGGAGCGGGCACAGCUGGAGGCGCAGAGCCUGCGACUGCGAGAGUCCAACCAGCAGCUGGACCUGAGCGCCUGCCGGCUGGCCACACAGUGUGAGCUGUUGACGGAGCUCCGGAGCGCCCAGGAAGAGGAGAACCGGCAGCUGCUGGCCGAGGUGCAGGCUCUGAGCCGGGAGAACCGGGAGCUCCUGGAGCGCAGCUUGGAGAGCCGGGACCACCUGCACCGCGAGCAGCGCGAGUACCUGGACCAGCUCAAUGCCCUGCGCCGAGAAAAGCAGAAGCUGGUGGAGAAGAUCAUGGACCAGUACCGCGUGCUGGAGCCUGGGCCCCUGCCCCGGACCAAGAAGGGCAGCUGGCUGGCAGACAAGGGUCCCCCUCACCGGCACCCAUGCGCCGGGCCCAGAGCUCCCUGUGCCUGCGAGAUGAGACCCUGGCAGGUGGGCAGCGGCGGAAACUCAGCUCGAGAUUCCCUGUGGGGCGAAGCUCUGAGUCAUUCAGCCCCGGGGACACCCCGCGGCAGAGAUUCCGACAGAGGCGCCCAGGCCCGCUGGGGGCACCCAGCUCCCAUGGCAAAGGACCUGGCGUGGGAUGGGAUGGCUCUGUCGAGACCCUGGCGGAACGCGAAGCAGAUGCCAACAGAGAGGGCGUCGAGGUGCAGGAAUCGGAGAAACGGGCUCUCGCCCCUUCCCUCAGCCAGUGACACCGCGUGGAUGGGGAGCUUGGGAGUGGAGUCUUCUCGACCCUGGAGUCUCACCGGGGGCCCCAGGCAGCCCAAGAAUUUGGGGAGGCAGGGCACUUGUGGCGAAUCCUUGGACAAGGAGGCCUGGGCCCCCAGAUCCUCCACAGCCUGCACUGGGGCCCCGAGCUGGAGCUGGGGUGACUUUGUGGACAGGGGCGAUGGCCGGCCCCCACAAACAGCUCCUGCCUGGGGCUCCGCCAUGCAGCCCUUGCUGAGGAGGUGGUCUCUGGGAAACCCCCCAGCUGAAGCAGGCAGGCAGGAGUGGGCAAGAGAGCCCCCUGCCCGGUCCAGACGGCGAGCCAAGGACCAUUUCCUGGGGACUGUGGCCCGGGCCCAUCUCUGAGCCUUAGCUGGGAUGUGAGGGACACGAGAAUAAAGCUGGGA